GAGUCCACAGCAUCCCAGCAGGACGUCAAAGUCAAACACCGCAUAGUGGACAUUUGCAUUCUAGUCACACAAAGUCUGCACUGACUCCAAAUCUGCCUACUUUAAAGGUUCUCCAUCAUUCAACAGAUUUAGUAUAGCAUCAACUACUGCACUGAACGUUAAGCAGAGAUGUCCACACUUGUCAAAGACUCAAAAUGAUACAAUAAAAUAAAAAUACUACACAUAUAUUUAUUUAUAUAUACAUACUGUACCCCAUUACUUUACUUUGAUGACUUGAAUGGAAUUAUGCAUGGUUCGGGCAGUAGCUGCUUGUAGCCGUUCUCAACACCAAUGUCGGAAUGAUCAUCAGUCAUGGUGGAACAGGAUAAUAAUAAUUAUGACUCACAUCAAGAGAGUGACCCUAAUAAUGCAGUCAAGAAGUUAACGCCUUCAUGUCCAUGAGUGUUGGCCUGUGUGAUAUAAUGGGCACCACUGAUGCAAAAGGGUGUUUUCAGAGCCACCUACUGGCUUCACGAGUAACACUUUCUCCAGAGGAGGCCGUAGUGCAGGAUGUCUGUGUUUGAGAGUGGUACAGCUCAUUUGGAGCUCGCGCUGACACACAGCCUCUGAAAUGAUAAACCGUGUUAUGGAAAGUAGACGGGGCUUGCCAUGUUUCACGUUACAGUAAACACACCAGCUUUCAGAGGGGAUAAUGUGCAAACACCAGAGGUCCCCGGAGGAUGAGAAGCAUGGGCUUCAUUUCUGCGGUGAAAUGUGAUGUUGUGCUAAGAAGCUACAGUUGGUGUUAAUACCUCAGGGCCUUAAGCACCGUGAGUACAGGAGCUCCGAGCCCAGUUGGAAAUCCUUAAUGAAAGUUUUCUUCCAGGCCAACAAAGCUGCUGCGGCUUAGUUUCCAUAGCAGGAGCUCGAGUUGGAGCAGAAACAGUGGAGGAUGAUCCGUCUCCAGCUCUGGAAAACUGUUCAGUGUCUCAGUAGGCGACGGCAGAACGUAGUUCAUUGUCUCGUUGCAGCAGCAGGGAGCGACGGUGGGGAAAUAGCUGGAAGAUGUUCUGUUACAAACAAAGAGGCAGAAGCUCCAACAGAAAGUCAGAAACAGAAGAAAGGAGUCUGGGAAAGUUAUUCAGCACAGGUUGCCGAGACAGCGUGGAGGCAUGAAUGACAUCCAUCCAGAUAAAGCUGGACAGGCAUGGGAGAGAGGACUCUUCAGGGUCACAGGGAAGCUAGAAUCAGCUCCUGUGCACUGGAAAAUGUCUGACGCGGAGCAAUUUGGGGAUUUUCUUGUGAAAACACGAACCAAGCACUCAAACUCCCUGGAAGUUUGGGAGUUGGAGCCAUCGCAUUCUGAUGACCCAUUUUUCAAAAACUAAUGACUGAUCAACCACCAAAUUAAAAAAAAAGGCACCACGGGUCGGUGGUGUGUUCUAUUGUACAUCCGCCUCAUUGUCACACAACAAGAAUUCCAGAAUCUCCCCUCGGCGUCUUCCUCCUCCGGGAUCCUCCGGAGGAAGCGCUCUGGGGCCGAGUCCCGGGACGCGAACAGGGACGGGACAGGAAGCGGGGAUGCUUACAUAACAGGCUCGAGUGGAUCGGCAUUCGACUUGUCACACACUCCCACUCUCCCCCUCCCCCACGGGUAUCAGGUUGACCAGGUCUCACUUUUGGCCUCCAGUGAACUGAAUCAGUAUGUUGGUCUGACGGGAACCCUUGACUAGAACCCUCAGACCCGUGGUAUGUAAACUGCUCUCGCGCCGGGUAAAUAUUUAGACGUCUCCCCAGAAUCCCGGGGCCAACAGGUAGUGGUGGAGUAACGGAGGCCUACGAGCAUUUGCUCAGUUAAACAAUAAGUAGGUCAUCAGGGGCCCGGGUGUCUCCGGUGGCAGCAGCCUCGCCGACCCUGCAGUCAAAGACUCAAAGCGCCGUGGAUGAGUCAUUUGGCCGAGCGCCUGCACUACUUACUUCGUCGGCCACAUUCACAGGUUUAGGGAGGGCUUCUUGAUUUACAACCCCCCCUUCCCCUCCUUCGCCAGUAGCUCCCACUCCACCCCUCUCGCUUCCUUCUGAGACGAGCACACUCACCAUCUUGUCGUCGGCUCGCCGCCGCGCUCGACGCUACACUUGCCUCAGAAAUAUGCUUUCCUUGCGUUUGCGGCCUCUCUGACGCCAGUGCAUGUGGAGGACAGGCUUCCCGAGGGGCAGACACACGCGCCUCAGCCGGACCUUGCCGGAGCGCCGCUGAUUGGCGCCGCAGACCGACCCGCUUUUGACUUGGCCAUGUGACGUCCUAGGCAGAAGCCUUGCAUGAGGUGGAGGAGAAGCAGAGGAAGGAGAGGGAGAAUAAGGGGGGGGGGGCGCCGGUGCCGAGGAGGCGAAUCCGUCUGCGGCGCACAACGACAACAGAUGAAGAAGUGGCGCUGGGGGGCCGGCGGUCAGAAGCGACAGUGGGGCUGCUGCUCCCUCGACCCUCAGCAGAGCACGGCACCGGUGUUCCUCUGCAGCCCAUGGACCUCAACUCCAACCCAGGGGGAGACAGAGAGCGGAUGACAGCCAACCAUGAGACCUACCUCCUCAUGGCCAGCACCCAGAAUGACAUGGAGGAUUGGGUGAAAACCAUCCGCAGGGUCAUAUGGGCACCCUUUGGUGGAGGGAUCUUUGGUCAGAAGCUGGAGGAGACGGUGCGGUAUGAGCGCCGCUUCGGGAACAAGCUCGCCCCAAUGCUGGUGGAGCAGUGCGUGGACUUCAUUCGACAGUGGGGGCUUCAGGAGGAGGGGCUCUUCAGGCUGCCCGGACAGGCCAACCUGGUGAAGGAGCUGCAGGACGCGUUCGACUGUGGGGAGAAACCCUCUUUUGACGGCAACACCGAUGUGCACACGGUAGCUUCUCUGCUGAAGCUGUACCUCAGAGAGCUGCCGGAGCCCGUCAUCCCCUUCAGCCUGUACGAGGAGUUUCUGACCUGCGCCAAGCUCCUCAGCAAAGAUGACGAAAUGGGCAAGAAGGAGUUAAGAAGGCUCGUGGAAAGUCUACCUCCGGUGAACUACAACCUACUCAAGUACAUCUGCAGAUUUCUAGAUGAAGUUCAGUCUUAUUCAGGUGUGAAUAAAAUGAGUGUCCAGAACCUGGCGACCGUGUUUGGGCCAAAUAUCUUGAGGCCAAAAGUUGAGGAUCCAGUAGCUAUUAUGGAAGGUACUGUUCUGGUCCAACAGCUCAUGGCCGUCUUGAUCGGCCACCAUGACGUCCUCUUCCCUCACAGCGAGGACAGUCCCUCAGCCCUGGAGCUCGUCAACAACAACAACAUUGAAGUCCCGCGACGGCAAACCACCACGAGCACCUCUGCAGCCACCACGGUGUCUCAGAACGCCGAGAACAACAACACGCAGCUGGGCCGGGUCUGCGCGUGGGAGGCGCCCGAGUCCCCGGCGCAUCGCCAGCUCGUAGACAACGGCGGGUCCCCGCGACCCGGCAGCCCCCGCAACGGCGUCGUGGGCCGCUUCGACGUGGCCCGCAGCCCCCCGCUGACCGUGAAGAAGAACCCGGCGUUCAACAAAGGCAGCGGGAUCGUCACCAACGGCUCCUUCAGCUCCUCGCCCUCCUCGGACCCCAGUCAGGAGAAGGGCCACGCCGUUACUGGGGGCGGGAGCGUACCGUUGCGGCGCAGCGGGACGCUCAAAGGCUCCGGCACCAAAAUGGGCACCGGCGGCGGCAACGGGGCCGUGCGCCUGGGCGUCCCCGGUACCGACCCGGGCCCAGGGAGCCCGAACGGCCGCGGCCUCUGGGCGCCCAAUGGCUGCGUCACGUUGCGGGAAAGCAAAGCGCGCGACCCCCAUUCCUGCGGGGAUCACGCGAGCAACCAGAACCGGCUGUCCACGUACGACAACGUCCAGCUGAACCACCAGAACCUGCAGCACCAGAACCAAAUCGCCAACACGUGUCUGAACAGCAGCUGCGAGGACAAGCAGAGCGUGGACAGUGCCACCUGGUCCACCUCCUCCUGUGAAAUCUCGCUUCCCGACAACUCCACUUCCUGUCGUUCCUCCACCACCACCUGCCCCGAGCAGGACUUCUAUGGGGGCCACUACGAAGACAUGGAUGGACCAGCACAGGACAAUGAGCCCGCCCAGCGCGGGGGGGCGGGGGAGGGGGACGCCGGGAACGGCCACAGAGAGGGAGGCGGAGACGGGGCGGGGAGGAGCAGUCGAGGCACCUGCAGUAGUGAUAAUAGUGACAGCUUUACUGUUGGUAACGGACCGGGACACCACAGCGCGUUACACAGUUUAGUGGCCAGUCUGAAACAGGAGAUGCACAAGCAGAAGACUGAGUAUGAGGCCAGGAUAAAGAGCUUGGAGCAGCGGAACCUGGAGCUGGAGGCGGAAAUGGUGAGCCUCCACGAGGACCUGGACCAGGAGAGGAAGAAGUACACCAUGGCGGAGAUCAAGCUGCGCAACGCGGAGCGCGCCAAAGACGACGCCGAGCGGCGAAACCAGAUGCUGCAGAAGGAGAUGGAGCAGUUCUUCACCACGUUCAGCGACCUCACGGCCACCGGCAGCGCCGCGGUGGCCGCCGACCCCCGGCGACUGGACCGCAACAACAGCAUCUGGAUACAGUGAAGGAUGCCGGGCGGCGGCGAGGGCGGACGUGGGCCGUGAACUCGAGGCCGACUCCAAACGGGUUUUGGCUGCUGGCGGCGGAAGGCGGGAUGGGAUGUGACAAUGUAAAGGCUAAUGGCAUGUUAUAAUUUAAGUAACGGGUGGAGACGAAAUGCAAGCAUCACCUGGAGUGAUAUCAGAGUAAUGUUACCUGUAAAUAUAGAAUUAUUUAAACUGGUACCUGCUCACCCAGAUGAGAAUGGUACAGGCCCAGCACACGGCCUUGGACCUGUGAAUAGUUUAAGACCCCUCUGUUAUAAUGAACAUUUUAAAUAUAACCAAGUGUGUAGUUUGGUUCUGCUCGUGUAAAUAGACUGAAACCAGUGUAUGUACAGGGAAAUAAAAAUAUUUAAAUGUUUAUCUGGUAUUUAAGCAACGUCAUCAGUGUGAGAUAUUUUCUAAUUUUCCCUUGCACUUAAUGUUUGUUUGGUCUCUGAGCAAAGCGGUACUGAAUGUCCAGUCAGUCAGUCUACUGUACGCGUGCCUGUGCUUCUGUUCUGCUACGAUUACCCCAUGACCAAAAGACAGAGCCUGCGCUGUACAUACCUGUAGAGAGCUGUGGACACUACUUGUUAUCCUGCACUGUGCUUUAGAUAUGGCAUGUAUUAUAAGUGGAUACGGAAGAAUGUUUUAUAGCCUGUAGAAAUAAAUGUAAGACUUGCAUGAGUGGUUGUUGCCAUGAAUCCCAUUUAAGACAUCACCAGUUCUCCCCAGUAAGUUCUUCUGUGCCCACUAUGGUUGAAAUGUUUUAAAGUACCCUUCUGUAAUCUUUUUUUUUUUUACCUGCCUGGCACAACUGGUUUACAUGUAGUCAUGUCAGAAAAACGUGUCCGGGGGUUUAAACUGUGAAAACUGGGGAUUACUGCAUCAACAUCCCGGUUGCUAAGUGGAUUUAAGCAACUGCACGUCGAUGAAGCCUUCGAACCGAGCGUCUCCACUCGUUGGAUUUGCAGUCGGGCACAAGCGGGGGGUGGAGGGGGGGAUGGGGGCACAUGUGAGUGCAGUGACCUGUGUGGACGUCUGUCAAGUGAAGUUUCACGUGCGCUACUACUCUGGAAACCUGGUCCCAUUUCAACCUGCUGCUGGUCAUUGCAGGAGACCUGGAAUGUGCACACGGAGGGGGGAGAAAGAAGUGCCUGAACAAUGAAAGGGGGGGGGUGCAUCUCAUUUUACACCCGUCACGGGGAAAGAAUAGGCUCAAGCCAAGCUGACAGUGUCACCUCAUUCUGUGAAUUCCGCACAGACGGGCAGAUUUCCGGCACAGGGAUGGAGCGUGAGGAGGACGGGGACAGUGGAAUAUCUGCACCAUGAUACUUGAUACUCAAAAGAUGACUUAAUAUGAAUAAAGUUGCAUUUUCA